GGAGGUUGACAAUUUAAAAUAUUCAUGCAAAUCCAUUAAAUUAGAAAGUAUAAAGUUGUCAAUACCGAUUUAAUUUACGUACAAAGUGUUGUCAUGGAAUGUUAAAGAAGAUGUGUGACGGAAUAAUUUAUUUUUUUCAAUCAUUCUAGGAUGGAUUAUUUUUUACUUUUGAACAGAAAAUAAGCAAAAUGAUAGCGCAUUUUUGGAUAUUAGGUUUACUGAGUUUUUUCUCAGUCAUAUCAACGUCAUUAGCAGUAACACAAUUCAAUGCGUUUGAAUUGAACGUAACUAAUACAGGAACAGACUUCGGAGCAACGUUCUGUCCGAUAUUUGAUAACGGAAUAAACGUUACAUGCUCCGUAUUACACGGGGAUGAUACAGGGUCAAUAUGGUUAGAACCUAUUUUUUCAGCUACGGAGUGUUCAACGUACAAUUUUACAUCCGCAGGAUAUAAAAACGUUUCUGCAUACUGUGUCGUUGGGGCUAUUUUUGGAUAUGACAACCAGUUGGUUUACAUUGGAACAGAAAUAAAACAUCUAAUUGUAGAAGACACAAAUGCAAAUAUAUUUAUACCUAUGAUAAGGUCUGAAACUAAAACCAUAAAAGUUUCAUACGAUGAAGGUACUGAUGUUUGGAUUAACGCUUCGCUAAUUGAAACUGGGGAAAAUCUUUACCUUUCACCGAAUGGUUCCUCGUCACUGGUUCAAACUUUUGAUGUGUUUGGCAAUGAUUUACCUGGUCUAGGACAACAUGCAGCAGAGGUUGUAGUAUGGAAUGAGUUAACUACCUUGAAGCGUUAUCUAGUAUUUGCUGUUGCCGAUGCGAUCGAUGGAUUUAGUUCUACAAUGAAUGUUUCCUCCCCGUUUAGGAUCCAUGUUGAUGAUUCUGUUACAUUUGGAAUAACCACGACAAACGGAUCCGAUAUAAUUUAUUCUACUGAAAUCGACCAGGUUGCAUACAUUGAAACAACAACCGGAUUUGUUUCAUCAUAUGAAUAUACACACUCAUUUAAUGCGACUGGAACCUAUACAAUCGUAAUGGGAGCAUCUAACUAUGUUAGCAUGUUUGAUAAUACAACUACCAUUAUUGUACAGAACCGAAUAAACAAUGUUAAUGUAAGUGCUCCCGAAUACGAGUUAUAUCCAAAUUUUAAUUUCGCUUUCAUGAUGGAUGUUGAUGCUAUAUUUCCAAUGGGAACACUCAACGCAGAUAUUUACGACGGUGGAACUUACCAUAAAACCGUAAACCUAUCUUUGUUAACCCCAGGCAAUACCAUAAAUGAUGCUGAAGCUGGUCUUUCUUUAGGCGCGCAUGCUUUAUUUAUUUCCAUCUAUUCAGAAACAUCAUUAUUGAACUUUUCACUAACAGUAACCCUUGAAAAAACGAUUCAAAAUUUAGAAUUUCUUCAUCCAGCAGAGGCAAAACUAUCUGAUGCUCAAAUGAUAGGAAUCAGGCUUACAAACGCUGCUGAUGGUCCAUUAUAUAAUGUCACGUGUUCUUUUAACGUUAGUGGGGUGGUAUCAACAGAAGUUUUUGAUCUAAUUUCUGAUACUGUUAACUAUACAGUUGCUAUUACAUAUCCUGACACGGGAAAUAUUCCAUUAUCAGCUAAUUGUUCCAACCAGAUCAGCUAUCUAUCAUUAUAUGGAAACGUCAACGUUACAUCAGACUGUUUUGAAAUUGGAACAUUAUUUAGUACCAGUUACAAAGAUGAGAAAAACCCAUUAGCCAUACUGAUUACAAAUGACAACACGAUAACAAGCAAAGGUGUUGUAACUCUUACCUGUCGAAACAGUUCAAGAGAUUACUACUGGGAGUUAUGGCCACAACUCCAAAAUGACACAUAUAUUAAAGACCAAUAUUAUUCUAAUCCUGCAAAUCAACCAAAAUCUGCUACAAUUUUCUUUGGGAAAGAGUCAAUUGCUGAAGGAAAAUAUAUGCUCCGAAUGGUUGUUAAUUUGACAGAUAUUGGCCAAUCUUUAGAGGACGAUAUGUACGUUGAUUUUAGAUUACCACCUAUUGUAACGGGAAUUCAGGGAGGCUCAAGUAGAUAUGUAAACAAAAAUGACGAACUGGUUAUAGAUGCUGGGCCAGCAACAGAUGAUAAAGUAUUAAAAUACAAAACCGUCCCUUUUAAUUAUGAGUGGAAAUGUCGUCAAGGUCUUACACAGUCACAAGUGGACGAAGUUCUUGGAAAAUUUGGCACACCCGGAGCUCCAGACAUCACAACCCUUGGAUCUGGUUGCAGUAAUGUACCUUUAUCAGGAGCAAGGUGGACAAUACAACCUGCAGACCUUGCGGAUACAUGGUAUUUGUUUCAGGUGAAUACCAACAAAACGACAACUGUGACAGUUGCACAAUUAGAAAGUGUUAACAAUACCAGAUCAGCAACUGCUAUUCAAGCUGUAAGGGUGCGAACUGGGGACGCCCUUUCAAGUGAAAUAUUGUGCAAAAGAAAUUGUCUACCGAAAUUGUCCCUGAACUCCUUACUUAUACUUAAUGCAGAUUGUCCAGCAUGUAGCUUAUCAGAUACCAACUACGAGUGGUCAAUAUAUGUGUACAAUAACGGAACAGGAGUAUUUGACAGUUUAGAUGCGGUACCACGAAUCAACCAGUCACAACUAAUAGAGACAACUCUUACUGCUGAGGAGAUAGGUAUCAGACCCGACGCCCUUCAACAAAUGGAUAGAGUAAAAUUUCAUCUAUUGUUGAGGACUCCAGGUAGAACACCUUCAGAGGCAGAGUAUAUCGUGUCCGUAAAUGCUCCACCAUACGCCGGUACUUGUUCAAUAAGCCCAGAUACAGGUAUUUCAGUAACGACGUGGUUUACUGUAACAUGCACUAAAUGGCUUGAUGAAGGAGAAAGAUAUGUACGAAAUAUUGCAGAUGAUGGGAAUGAAUUGUUAUCAUAUUCUGUUUAUCACGUGAGAAAUACCACGAACGGUAUAGUCGAAUCGUUAUUGUCAGAAACAGGAGACAGCAGUAUUGUGUCAACUUUAGCUGUAGGAGACCCUGGAAACAAUUUUCACAGUACAAUAAGGGUCAACAUUAAAGAUUUCUACAACGGAUAUACUCAAGUGGAAUUUCCAGUAACGGUAACUAAUGUCAUCGAUAUUGACAGAACUAAUCAAGCAGAAACAGACCUAAUUAAUAAUAUAACCGCAUUAGUGAAUGACGGAAUGGAAGAAUCACAAAGUAGCAAUGAUCCUAAGCAGGUUCUUCAUCAGGCUGCAACUAUCGUGGCUUCUAUCGCAUUAAUACCAAUAUACCAAGAAACAUUUAAUACCACGGACAAACCGUUGAAUUGGUUUAUUGGAUUAUUGGAUGCCGAAAAGAAUGGGACGAAACCAUACGACGACAUUUUGGACGAUCUGCUGAAAAAUGAUCAAGAUCCUGUCAUGGAUGUUAUUAUACAGGCUGUUGAAAAUUUGACAAAACAAAUGGAAGAUCAGUUGGAGUCGAAUGCUUCUACAUUUUUUAUGAUAGAAAUGGCAAGCAGUGCAUUCGCAACUGCUCUCGGCUCCAAUCAAAUAGUUAAUACCGAUUCUGGGACAUCAGCAUCCAAUGCAUUAACAAUUCUAGUUACAAAUUUCAAAAACGCAAGUGAAACUGCAUUAACAUCUGAUGCCUUGUUUGAUAGUUCAGAUCCACGCUUAGAAACAACAUCUACUGCUAUCAUGGCCUUGGUGUCUGCCGUAGUUGGAGCUACGCUGACUUCAAAUUUUCCCGACAAUGGCUUAGCAUUAAUAUCAGCAACAACAGCAGACGCACGUAAACAAGUAGACUUUUUGGCAAAAAUAUAUAGGGAUGAAGCUUAUAACAUAAUGGAAGGUGGUGAAUUAACUCCCGAGGAGCGCAAUGGACUAUACUUAAUGAGGGCAAGGAUUUCACAGGCCAAGUUUGAAGAACGACAGGACUUGGCAUCAUUAACAGAUACAUCAAUAGACGCAGCAUUGCAAGUGAUUAUUGACCAGGGAUUGAAUAUGACAUGUAAAGGAUGUGAAACAAUAUUCGACACAAACAAUGUUAAUCUGUACAUAUCUAAAACAACACUUCAAGCUUUGAAUGACGUAGCCAAUGGGUUACUCCAGAAUUCGACACUUGUCAUGAGCUUUGGUUAUAGUACAGAUUCAAAUGAUACAACUUUAUUUGGGAUUGCAGUUUUCCCACAAAAUGUGUAUAUAGCUGGUACCUCAGACACUGCUUUGGUUACGUCUAACGUUCAUAAAUUAUCUUUAAAAGAUGAAAAUGAAGACAAUUUGAGUCAAACAGAAGUAGCCAUUAAUCAAACAGCCAGAACGUUACAAUCUACACAGAACUUACCUGUCUACACGGAAGGCGAUGCUUCGAAUCUCUUGUAUCACUCUUUUUUCUACCGUGACGCUGGAGACUACGUUUGUGUUUCCGUCGAUCCAGCAGAGGGAGUUCCGAACUAUGUGACGUCAUAUGAUGUCUAUGUGAAAGGCGAUUCUCAACCAACUCAUUUGAAUUACGAAGCCAAAGGAGAAAUUUCACCUUACAAUGACUGGAUGGUGUGCUUCCCUCCUCAAUUGUUUUCUACAACUGGUGAAAUGCAUGUUGCUCUACAUCCAAACAGUAAAGUGGCUGGUUUCAAUGGCUACGUAUGGGAACCAACUACCGGUAAAUUUGCUAAUGGAUCAUACAACAUAUCAGAACCCGAAUUGAUGCCAUAUCAUUUGCACAUAGUGACGUCAAAUUGUAAAGAGUGGGAUCCCAAAAGACAAUCUUGGGAUUCAAGCAACUGUGAGAUGGAUUGGUUUCCAAGUCAAAAUACAAUAGAAUGUACAUGUCGUCCAGCUUUCGGUUUAACAUUUGGUAACACUUUUUAUGUGGCGCCAAAUACAAUCGACUUCUCCACAGUUUUCUUACGUUUUGAUUUAGCCAAUCAAGCAGCUGUGCUCGGGACUCUUAUUGGUGUACUAGCAAUAUACUUACUGCUUCUUAUUUGGGCGAGACAUCAAGAUAAGAGAGAUAUUGUUAGGUGGGGAGUAACACCUUUGAUUGACAACUUCGUGGACGACACAUAUUAUUACCUUGUAACAGUUUAUACAGGAAUGAGAAGAGGGGCAGGUACUAAGUCGAGGAUAGGCUUUAUAGUAUGUGGAGAAGAUGGAGAUACAGGGAUAAGGGAAUUAUCUGAUGGCGUCAGAUCGGUAAGCCUCUAUUCUUUGAUAUCAGUUACAAACAGAAACACGAUUACAUUUUCUUCAUAUUAAACUGAGUUUACUUGUUGAUUAACAAU